UUUUGAAGUUGAAUAGCUCCGGCUCGAAUCUUUUUUUGUGCUGUUUACACAAUGCAUUCCUCAUAAAUAUAUUAAUGUCUACGUUACAAGUAUUUUGGGAACCUCUAGAAAGUCGAGCAUCAACGCUUUUCGCACGACUCUUCCUAUAUGCGUCAUACCAGAGACUUCCUGCAAACGUUGCUGCAGAAACCACCACCGGGUUUUGACAUGUCUACGAUGACUCCCAUUGAGAAGCUUCGCCACCAGUGCCUCCAGCGGGGCGCACACGGCAUUAAGGCGUUUGCACGGCAGUUCCGUGCCAUGGACCACACCGGGGACAAGAAGCUUGACAAGCAAGAGUUCAAGAAGGGCCUGCUGGACUUCAAGGUGGACCUGAGCGACCAUGAGGUGGACACCCUGUUCAAGGAGCUCGAUAAGGAUGGCAACGACAACAUCUCUUUCAACGAGUUCCUCGUUGCGCUCAGGCCUCCAAUGUCGGCGGCCCGUCUGGACUGCAUCAAAGAGACGUUCCACAAGAUGGACAAGACCGGAGACGGGAUAAUCACUGUGCAUGACCUGAAGGCUCAUUACAACGCUCGGCAGCCCAAGUUCCAGAGUGGGGAACUCACUGAGGACGACGCAUUUCAGCUAUUCCUGCAGAACUUCGACAGUACCAAUAAUCCCGACGGCAAGGUGACAAUCGAAGAAUUCGUCGACUAUUAUGCAGGUGUGAGUGCCUCUGUUGACACGGAUAGCUACUUCGACCUCAUGAUGAGGAAUGCCUGGAAGUUCUGAGCAACUCAAGAAAAAAGAAAAUGAGGCCACCAUUGUUUGGCCACCGGAACCUUGCAGCUUGUAGUCACAUGAUGCACUGCCAUCACUUAUUCUUUUUGUCCCGUCCCGGCUGAAACCGUCAUCGUAUAGACAUCCUCUAACAUGUAACUCGUCUUAGCAACUCUCUUUCAGCUUCAUGUGUUGCUGUUUUUAUUCACAUGCUUUUUUAUUAUUCAGGGAAUCUUAUCAUUUGCAUUCGACUUUUAAUUAUUUUUUUUUCAACCUUUAUACUUCUUAUAUCUGUACUUUACUAUACAUUUUGAGGGUUGUUUGCUUGUCUUUUGCGUGACAUGGAAAAAGAAAGAACAUCCUAAUGCAUCCAGUGGGUAAACCCACAUUUAAGUUGCUGUACUGACCAAAUGGGCUUACAUGCUUGCGUCACUACUACUUCAUGUUAAUGACAAUAUCAGUGGAAAAGCUGGUGUUUUUUGUUUUGUUUUCUUUCAUGCUGUGACAGAUCUCCUGGUGCACAGCUAUUAUCAUCGGUCUUAUUUUUUUAUAUUUGCUGAAGUCACACAUAAAUGCCCACAUCUAUCUGUUAAGGUGAGCUGAAGUAUUAUUAGAGUAGCUCUGCUGCUAGGCCUAAUUUCCAGGAGAGCCGAAAAAAAAAAGUACAGUGUAACCAAAAACUGAUCAGGUAGAAAGUACAGUGAAGAAGAUGACGAAGUUCGCGUUGGAUGUCUUGGAAGAAGACUACCAGCCAUUAUGACAUUUGGGAUGCGUUGGCGGAUUUGCAUGGCGGUUUCUAAACGUUCCUAAACCAAGUUGCAAUCUUAGAAUGACAGAACACAGGGCCCAAAGUGAUUAUUUUUUCUAGAAAAUACAUUCAAGUGUUUGUAAUGUUGAUGAAUUGUUCAAGUUAAACAUGAUGUGAGUGUCAAAGUAGUUGUUUGAGAGCGAGUUGACACUUAUCAUUCCUGCUGGUAAUAGAUUGACAUGUUAUUUGACAUGCUCUGAUGUACCACAUGCAAUGCGAUACAUCUGAUAUAGUGUGUGUUGAAAUUUAAGGCAUUGCAGAGAGCUAGGAUUUGGUAAAGGCAUUGUUUUAUUACUGCUUGACAAUUUGUUUGCCGACUGGCACUCAAACGACUAACACAUGUUGUCAUUGGCAUCACUUGUUAUCAAGCGAGUUACCCAAACCACAUUUGGCAUAUUCAUGCAAAAAAAUCUUUACGUGUUGUUUUCUGUGGCACUUUUUCAAAGUACACAAGUUGAACUGCCAAGGUGUGUUACGUGGCAAAGUGCUUGCCCCUUUUGUGGACAUAUUUAAACAUUGUCAGCAGCAUUCCUAGUGUGAGAUCUGUGAAAAUUCUAUUCACUGUUUCCAGUGUACUGACAUUGUACCAAACAUUGCCUGCCAACUUUUUGCUGUCAGUUUGCCCUUUACAGAAGACUACCUAUCAUGCGUUAUACAGGAUUUGUAGAAUGUUCUAGCAGUGUUACUUUGGAAUGCACAAAGUUGCUUGUUAUCACAUCAGCAACAGGUUGUACCAUCUUUUGUUGGACCAAUUGCAAUUCUUGAUGCGUACUAGUUGGAGACAUUCUUACAAGCACUGUCCGUACCAGAGUUGCUAGUGCAAAUUUCCUUCGUUCCCCAUCAAGAUGGAACAAGCUGCUAUAAGAGUAAGUACGUUCCCAAAAUGAAGAGUUCUUUAUAUGCGGGGUCAGUCUUGAAUAUAGAAGAAAGAAAAGAAAGAUAUGGAAAUCUACUAGCUGCACUGUCAAUUCAGUGCCAUGUGCAAGGUGAUGCUUGAGUAGCUGUUCUUGUGACAGUUAUCACUCAGGCAACUUCACCUGCUGCUCAGUGAAUUAAUGAUCACUGAAGCACUUCGUUGCAAUGCUGUCAUUGUGAAAUGGCAUGUUGCUCACCCACACAAAAGGACUCGGUGCAGUCAGGCACUAUUCGUACAACUAGUUGCCUGUGUAACAAAGGUCUUCAGCAUUGGAAUCUGGCUGUAAGCCAUUUACGCUACUUAGCUCAGGUCACGCUAAGAUGCCAUGAAUAGCAAGUUGCAUUUAAGGUAACUUUUUAAGCUCACUACCUGCUGCAACAUGGUUCUAACUUUUGUUCAAGCCACAAUUCUGACAUAGAUACUGCAUUGCCAAUUUUAGUCAUGACUUUGCACAAACUGGCUGUCAUGCCAAGCUGUUAUGGUAUUACAAAGGUGGGGGACUAAGAAAAAAGAUUUAGGAUUUCUAUACCUCCUUUGGCAAUCUCUUCGGAGGUAUACACUUCCUUUGAGAGCACUUAGAACUUCUCAUUCACACUGUGUGAAAGAGCACUACACUUUUGGUAUCUAGUUGGAGAAUAUUCUUGCUAUUAUUGUUGCUGGAAGUUGCAGUUUGAAUGCGUGGACAAAAUGUGGGAGUGAAGACAGGAUGCAGUGGCACUAAAAGGCUUUCUUAUUCUUCUGCAAUUUGAAAAAUGCAGACACAUGUGUGCAGCCUUGUCUCCCCCCCCCCCCUGUCAAACUUGCGCUGAACCAGCGUUUAAAGUUUGCUCGAACAUGUUGAAUAUUUCUGUGAAAUGUCAAACAACUUGUCGAAAGGAUUUGAUUCCAAAUUUGCUUUCAGUAAUCUGCUAUCCACUGAAGGUGUGGUUUUGCCAUUAAACAAGGAUAAGAUCCUCUAUAGUUAGUGGGAAAUAUGCAUAAUUGACAACACUGUAUGUGGUUCGCGUUUUUAAUUGUAGCCUUUAACAGUACGGCAUCGAAAGACUUGUUUGGAGUCAAAAAGUGGCUCACAACUGUCCCGUAUUGAACCACCCUCUAGGUGCAUGCCUAAAUAUUCAAUGUAUCUUCCUUUAAUGACUCUGCCAAUGUGCAUUGAGACUGUGCACAGUCUAAUCAACAGAUAUUAUAUAUUAUGCAGUUGACUUACAUCACCUGCCUACUCCUGCUGUCUAGUUGUUUUAGAGUUGCAAGUGUAUACGUCAGGUCACCGAAUGCUGGUGCACGACACUGUUUAAUUGACGCUGGUGUCAAUGACUGCACAAAACUCAAGCAAUCUGAUGCUGAAAAAAUUGACUUGAAGUGCACAUAAUUUUAAAAACUUUUGUGUUAGCAUGCAGUGUGCACGCUGUUUAUUUUAAUAUAGUGUUUUGAAUAACCUUGGAACUAAGGACAUGAAGAUGCUGGUACAAGCGAUUUCGUGAAAGGGUUCUAAGCACAAGCUCGGGUUGGUGGCGAUGAUGUUUGUAUGUACGUAACUUUGCACCAUUCCACUUUUGUGUGCAGCAUCCCUCGGUUUCACUACUUUUGUUACUGUCUCAAGACAUUUUAUGUUUUGCUUAUUCUCGUAGGUGUGCGUCGUCCACCACAUUUUUGUUGUUCUCGUUUCCGUAUACUGCUGUCUUCGACUGUAGCAUGCAUCUCAUUUUGAAAUCCUCGCUUAGAGCACGCGAAAGUGGUAAGCGCACAUUUCACGUACGUAGUGUACCGCCUUGUUAAUUUAUUUUUGGCAUUCUUAGAAUGCGUGUUUUUCUCAAAAUUGUUUUGCCUUUAUGAUCGAAAUAAAGAACGCUUCUGAAACACU